AAUUUAUAACGGAAAUUUAUAUGCAGUGGAGUAAAAAAUCGCAGUCUGUUCGAGAUGACGCUGCCCACUUGAUAACGAGAUGUAUUUUUUCUUGCUAUCACAUUGUAAUAGGAAGUGGCUGUAUCAUUUGCUGUAUGAUAAGAAAUCCGCGGUAUUAAUUUGUAGUUGCGAUAGAAUUGCCUUAUAGUGCGAAGUGAUUAAGAUGGAGUUGAAUAAUAUUAAAAGUUUAAAUAAAGAGCAGUUACUGCAGUGUAUCAAACAGAGUGGAUUUGCAGACAUAGCUAAUAUUUUGAGUAUGGAAAACAUCGACGGAAAUUGCUUGAUGACUAUGCCCGAGAUACAAAUCCUCCAAUGGAAAAUGCCUAUAGGAGAAAGGAAAAAGGUUGUCAAAUUUAUAAACGAUGUCAAGUCAAAUCCAUCCAUUUUAUCCAUCAAAAGCUUAACGGUUCCAUCAAAUAUCAAAAAAUCCACUAAAACAAAAACAGACAAUGUAGCGACUACUACAAAAGCUUCAACACCAUAUUCCAAACCUCCAAGAGCAAAUAACCCUACUGUAACAAAACCCCCAAUGCCCUUACCCCAAGAAGAUAGGAACGCAGGGGUGAAACAGAAUAAUAUAGAUAAACAUAAAAUGGAAUCAACCAUUAUUUACGAUCAUCCAAGGAAUUACUCUAACGAACACGAUAACGAAGGAAUGAAGAUGAAUAAUUUGUUGGAGCCUGAUGAGAGUUACAUAGAUAUGGGAAGCAACGUCUCAAUCUCUAAAGAUGACAGUUAUCUAGUGUCGAAUCGUUCGAAGCUCACGAUUGAGAAUCAACUCGAUGAAGAGCCGAAUUAUGAGGCACCACCAGAUAAACCAGCAGCAUCGUCUUUGAUUAAAGUUGAGUCGGUUACGGUCAAGAAAGUUAAGCUGAAACUAAGGACUAGAGAGCUUCCAGACUUGCCCAGUGACACCUACCAGUCCGUGGACGAAGAAACAACGAAUCACACAACAGUAAACGUUGAAAAGCAACGCAUUAAGCCCUCUGUUAGAUUUUCUUUUCUCCACGGAGCUUUGAUGAAAAGCUUACGAAGCAAACCGUUGAAACUGGUAAGUCAGAAGUCUACAACUGUCUCGGAAAAAUGGAAAGAAGUCAAAGGUUCAAAUAGACCGUUGUCCGGGGUACCCCAUACUGAACCAGAAGAUUUGAAAGCAGCGAAAAAAACAUCGGCUAAAGAGUGUAAACCCCCCUUAAUGCCUAAGGCUAAGAAACCAUGGCGAACGUUACUUCCAAAUGGUGAUAAUGAUGCUAUAUACGAGAAUGUCGCUGAUGAAGGUAGGUUUUCCAUAAGCCGUCACCGUUGAAAAAAUAUGUCGUUUCAAUUUUCAGAAGCUUACGGAAAUGUGGUGACAACUGAAGAUUUGGCGAUUUUGAGAAGAAAGUAUCAGAAAAACUCACGCCUAGCCAGCGAUGAGAGAGAGGCUGAAAUCGGGAAUCUUGCUUUAAAAUUGUCUGAACAAUUGAAGAAUAGAGCUACACUAAACGAAGAUGAAGACGGCGGAUUUGGCACGAUGCCAGUUUAUGGAAAUACGACAAAAGAAAAUGACAUUUAUCAAAAUGAGACAGUAGAUGCAACAGAAGGAAGAAAAACUAAUAACGCUGAAGAUAGACCUCUACCGAAGAUCCCGAAUAAUGAAGAUGAUGGCGAUGAAGAUGAGAUUUAUGAUUGUUUCAAGAAAAAUGAUGCCUUUAGUUUAUUCAAUAUCAGCAAAGAGCCCUACUUCCGCAACACUGACAGGAAAGGCGCCAAAGCUCAUCUAGGGAAAUUCGAAGACGGAGCUUUUCUUUUCAGGCCAAGCAAGUCGCACUUUCUGGUACUCACGGUCAAGUACAAAGAUGGCAACCGUCAUUUCGGAAUAAAAAGGAACGACAAGAAGCUGCGACUGGACGCGGAAAAUGGUAGCGAAGUGCCGGAUUUCGGAAAUUUGAAGGAGUUUGUUGAAUAUUUUACUAAGAAUGCUAUCUCGUUCGAAUCUAACGGUCAGAUGUGUGAGAUAUUUUUAAAAGCUGUAUGAUGAAGUAAUAAAUAUCGGCAACUACUAGCUUUUAUCAAGUUUCUCUCGUAAUACUUAUUAUUACAUACGUUCUUUGGUGUCUAAAAAAUGUGGAAAAUAUCAAUUUCCUCAAGCUUUUUGAUAGUCUUAUUUUUGAGCAUAUUCAGCAUAUACGAGCCCCUUUCCACUUCACUAUUGAAAUCUUAGUUUUUUUCUUUUCAAAC